CUGAAUAUUCCAAGCCCUGGGACCACAGCGGCAGCUCCGCUGAAAACUGCAUCCAGUCAGUCCUCUGGACUUCAGGAGCUGGGACAGGGCGCAGGGCAUCAGCAGCCACCAGCUGGACCUGGGAAAUAGGAAUUCUUCUGCCUCCACUUCAGGGUUGUAGCAGCUUGGUGCUAAAUUGCUGUUUCAAACAUGCGGAGGAUCUAAUGUGCUGAGGAAAACGGCCACAGAAGGAAGAGGAGGAAAAGGGGGAAAAAGGGGGAUAUUUUGUGGAUGCUCUACUUUUCUUGGAAAUGCAAAAGAUUAUGCAUAUAUCUGCCCUCCUUUCUCCUGUUUUAUGGGGACUAAUUUUUGGUGUCUCUUCUAACAGCAUACAGAUAGGGGGGCUCUUUCCCAGGGGCGCAGAUCAAGAAUACAGUGCAUUUCGGGUAGGGAUGGUUCAGUUUUCCACUUCGGAGUUCAGACUAACACCGCACAUCGACAAUUUGGAGGUGGCCAACAGCUUCGCAGUCACCAAUGCUUUCUGCUCCCAGUUUUCAAGAGGAGUCUAUGCUAUUUUUGGAUUUUAUGACAAGAAGUCUGUCAAUACCAUCACUUCAUUUUGUGGAACGCUCCAUGUCUCCUUCAUCACUCCCAGCUUCCCAACUGAUGGCACACACCCAUUUGUCAUUCAGAUGAGACCUGACCUCAAAGGAGCCCUUCUUAGCUUGAUUGAAUACUAUCAGUGGGACAAGUUUGCGUACCUCUAUGACAGUGACAGAGGCUUAUCAACACUGCAAGCUGUGCUGGAUUCUGCUGCUGAAAAGAAAGUUAUUACCAUUGGAAAACAUGUUAAAGGAUACCAUUACAUCAUUGCAAAUCUGGGAUUUACGGAUGGAGACCUAUUAAAAAUUCAGUUUGGGGGCGCAAACGUCUCUGGAUUUCAGAUAGUGGACUAUGACGAUUCCCUGGUAUCUAAGUUUAUAGAAAGAUGGUCAACACUGGAAGAAAAAGAAUACCCUGGAGCGCACACGACUACAAUUAAGUAUACUUCUGCCCUGACCUAUGAUGCUGUUCAAGUGAUGACUGAAGCUUUCCGCAACCUCCGGAAGCAGAGAAUUGAAAUCUCCCGAAGGGGGAACGCGGGAGACUGUCUGGCCAACCCCGCAGUCCCCUGGGGACAAGGUGUAGAAAUAGAAAGGGCCCUCAAACAGGUUCAGGUUGAAGGUCUCUCAGGAAAUAUAAAGUUUGACCAGAAUGGAAAAAGAAUAAACUAUACAAUUAACAUCAUGGAGCUCAAAACAAAUGGGCCCCGGAAGAUUGGAUACUGGAGUGAAGUGGACAAAAUGGUUGUUACCCUUACUGAGCUACCUUCUGGAAACGACACCUCUGGGCUUGAGAACAAGACUGUUGUUGUCACUACAAUUUUGGAAUCUCCAUAUGUUAUGAUGAAGAAAAAUCAUGAAAUGCUUGAUGGCAAUGAACGCUAUGAGGGCUACUGUGUUGACUUGGCUGCAGAAAUCGCCAAACAUUGUGGGUUCAAGUACAAGCUGACAAUUGUUGGGGAUGGCAAGUAUGGGGCCAGGGAUGCAGACACGAAAAUUUGGAAUGGGAUGGUUGGAGAACUUGUCUAUGGGAAAGCUGAUAUUGCAAUUGCUCCAUUAACUAUCACCCUUGUGAGAGAAGAGGUGAUUGACUUCUCAAAGCCCUUUAUGAGCCUCGGGAUCUCUAUCAUGAUCAAGAAGCCUCAGAAGUCCAAACCAGGAGUGUUUUCAUUUCUUGAUCCUUUAGCCUAUGAAAUCUGGAUGUGCAUUGUUUUUGCCUACAUUGGGGUCAGUGUAGUUUUAUUCCUGGUCAGCAGAUUUAGCCCCUACGAGUGGCACACUGAGGAGUUUGAAGAUGGAAGAGAAACACAAAGUAGUGAAUCAACUAAUGAAUUUGGGAUUUUUAAUAGUCUCUGGUUUUCCUUGGGUGCCUUUAUGCAGCAAGGAUGCGAUAUUUCGCCAAGAUCCCUCUCUGGGCGCAUUGUUGGAGGUGUGUGGUGGUUCUUUACCCUGAUCAUAAUCUCCUCCUACACGGCUAACUUAGCUGCCUUCCUGACUGUAGAGAGGAUGGUGUCUCCCAUCGAAAGUGCCGAGGAUCUUUCUAAGCAAACAGAAAUUGCUUAUGGAACAUUAGACUCUGGCUCCACUAAAGAGUUUUUCAGGAGAUCUAAAAUCGCAGUGUUUGAUAAAAUGUGGACCUACAUGCGAAGCGCAGAGCCCUCUGUGUUUGUGAGGACGACGGCCGAAGGGGUAGCGAGAGUGCGGAAAUCCAAAGGGAAAUACGCCUACUUGCUGGAGUCCACCAUGAAUGAGUACAUCGAGCAGAGGAAGCCUUGCGACACCAUGAAAGUUGGUGGCAACCUGGAUUCCAAAGGCUAUGGCAUCGCCACACCUAAAGGAUCCUCAUUAAGAACCCCAGUAAAUCUUGCAGUAUUGAAACUCAGUGAGCAAGGCGUCUUAGACAAGCUGAAAAACAAAUGGUGGUACGAUAAAGGUGAAUGUGGAGCCAAGGACUCUGGAAGUAAGGAAAAGACCAGUGCCCUCAGUCUGAGCAACGUUGCUGGAGUAUUCUACAUCCUUGUCGGGGGCCUUGGCUUGGCCAUGCUGGUGGCUUUGAUUGAGUUCUGUUACAAGUCAAGGGCCGAGGCGAAACGAAUGAAGGUGGCAAAGAAUGCACAGAAUAUUAACCCAUCUUCCUCGCAGAAUUCACAGAAUUUUGCAACUUAUAAGGAAGGUUACAACGUAUAUGGCAUCGAAAGUGUUAAAAUUUAGGGGGUAGGAACGAGGCUCUAAUACAAACUACUAAGUGCACGUCUUAGCUUUACUGUUGCGUCCUUAAGCUCUUUUAACUGAGGAAGGUGGCCGGUGGAUCAUCCUGUAUGUAUUGUUCUUCCAUGUUCCUGACCAGUGACUAACCUGCAGCCCAGCUGUCUAUUUUCCUCUUUAAUGACGCAGUAGCUUGGGUGAAUGUGGACUGAUUCCGGCUGUAAUUGUGCUUUAUUAUUUGUAGUUCAGCUUUGCGCUGUUUGAUUUCAGUUGCUACAAGCUUUCCGAUAAAAGUCGACUUUUUCAAAAACAGCACCCCCUUGACGCCGGAUGCAUUUGAAAACCAUAACAUAUGAUUUCUCUCUCUCUCUUUCCCCCCCUCUCAUUGAAGAUGAUCUUGAGUGAUGCCAUGAGGAACAAGGAAAGGCUGUCAAUGACAGGAAGUACUGGAGACAAUGGAGGUGUUACGACUCCAGAAUUUCCA